UCCAGAGUUUAGCCUUCAGGAAUAGAAACUGAAACAAAUGUAAGACUAUUAAAGCACCCAUCACCCAAGAGCUGACAGACAAAUCCAGAAUUAUCCAUGGCUGCUGUCACUAAUAGAGAUUCUGCAUGCAGAGAGAACAACCAAAGGUGGAAGAUACAGCCAAAUGACUUCAGAAGAAAUUAUUUGCCUGACAAGCAACCAAGGGUGGUGUACCUGCUGUAUGAAAUCAGGUGGAGAAGAGGUACCAUCUGGAGGAACUGGUGCUCAAACAAUCCUAACCAACAUGCUGAAGUCAACUUUUUGAAAAAUUAUUUCAAUGCCAUGCCAUCAGUUUCUUGCUCCAUCACCUGGGUCUUAUCUACUACUCCCUGUGGGAAAUGCUCCAUAAAAAUUAUGGAGUUCCUGAAGUUACAUCCCAAUGUGACCUUGGAAAUAUAUGCAGCCAAGCUCUUCAAGCACCUGGAUAUCCGUAACCGGGAAGGUCUCAGGAACUUGGCAAAGAAUGGAGUCAUUAUACACAUUAUGAACCUUGCAGAUUACAGUUACUGGUGGAAAAUAUUUGUCACACGCCAACAUGGAGAAGAGGAUUAUUUGCCCUGGAGCUUCGCUUUACACAUCUUUCUGAAUUGCAUAGAGUUCCAACAGAUCCUUUUGGGGCUUCCUCCAUUGCUGCCAAACUUCAAAUACUGACAAGCAACAGCAGCAUGUUUUCAAGAUCACUUUGUGCAUCAUAACAUUAUUUCAAGACUGGAAAAGCCAUCCCCUUUCAGUCUUCCCCACUACAGCCUUGAACUGUGAGUUUCACACUGUCACCAGAAAAGACUCUUAGAACUGGCUGAGCAUUGCUAAGUAUUACACACAGCAGAAAGAGCACAUGACAAACCAUCAGGCAGUUUGGAUGAUGCAGCGAGGCAGCCAGGACACAGUGCUCUGGGUCUUUACAAGGCUUCCUGAAAGUCCAGUGGGGAUGGAGACUAUGUCCCAGGAUCAGGCCUUUCAUGUCUGCUGAUUCUACAAUCAGAUUCUGUGAGUAACCUCUUGAGAGGCCAAUGAGUAACAUUUUUCCUGCUCUGAUCUGUUCCAAAGAAGUAAUCAGAGAAAUGAACUGUGGUUUUGAGAAUUUCUUAUUAAAACCACUUUUAUGGCUACAUGUGUAUGUUUCAGAAAAUACUUGAUGCUAUUUGUAUUUAUGUAAUAUUAUUACUAUUACAUUACUGCCUUUAUUACAAAAUAAUACAGUUAUGUUACUAAGGACUAUAUUGAUUGAUUUUAAGAUUUUAUUCUCCUUGUUUUUAUGACUGCAAAAACAACAUAAUAAAAUGGAAAAUGUCAGCUCUGUGGAAACUUUGCUUUUCAUGUUC